AUGACCACUUCCCUCCAGCAACAAGUCAGCGACGAUCAAGUCCGCACGAAACAUGUACAAGGCCGCGGCAACGGCCUGUUCGUCACACAGCAGAUUACGCCAAACUCCCAGAUCCUUUUCAUUGCCCGGCCACUUCUGAUCGCGCUGGAGACAGCCAAGCUACCGACCCAUUGCUACUUCUGCUACAAGUCCGAUGUCGACCCGAUCAGUGCUGUCGAGGUUGACACUGGCCACGCCUUGAAGACGUGCACCGGGUGUAAGGUGGUCAGGUUCUGUGAUCGGAAGUGCCAGUCUCGAGCAUGGGCAGAGUACCAUCGCCUCGAGUGCAAGCUGUUUGGCCGACUCCAUCCGCGGAUUUUGCCCACUACAGUCCGCGCGAUCGUGCGCGUGUUGAAGCAGCAUAAGGCGGGCCUGCUGCCAGAAUCGGAGUGGGAGCAGCUACUGUCUCUGGAAAGCCACUACGGCGACCUGAUCAGCGCGGGCGGUUCGCGGUGGCAGGAUAUCUUCAUCAUGAUGAAGGGGAUCAAAGCAUACUGUGGCACGGAUCACAGUCAGGAGACGAUCCUGCGACUCGCUUGUAUGUUGCUCGUGAACUCGUUCACCCUGACGAACCCGGCGUUCGAUCCUCUAGGGAUGGUCCUCCAUCCACAGUCCGCGCUGGUCAAUCAUUCCUGCGACCCCAAUACUUUUGUGCGGUUCGAUAUUGCUCAACAGUCGGAUCAAGACACUCUACCGCCGUUUGGGAGUAUAUCUCUGCACGCACUGCGGGCCAUCUCGCCAGACGAGGAGGUGACGAUCUCGUACAUUGACACGACGUUCCCAGUGGCCAAACGGCAGGAGGAGCUGAGGGAGAGAUACUUCUUCACCUGCGAUUGCCCUCUGUGCUCCCGCGGGCCGAAUACAGUGGUAGACAUGUUCCAUCGACCACCAGCCGCCGAUACCUGGGAGCAGCCACCAUCUCCCGCACCAGGACCCGCACUUACAGUCCUACAGGUAGGAGAUCAAGCCGAGCGAUGUCUCCUAGACGUCCAGUCCAGGGGCACGAUCCUGCACACGCAGGUCGACGACAUCAAGUCCGCCAUGGCGUUGCUCGCCGGCACGCAAGCGUGGCCUCUGCACCGCUACCCGUGGCCUCAACUCCGCCAGGAAUUGUUCCUCGGAUUACUCGGCCAGCGGCGGUUCCUCGAGGCAACGCUCCAUUCCGCGACCUUUGUCCGAGCCAUCCAUCCAACGCUGUACCCGCGGGACCGUCACCCCCUGCGGGUCAUGCAGUUGUGGACGCUCGCCAGACUGUGCCGCCGGUGCUUGGAAUCCUUGGUCCUAAAGGAGAAGACGGUCGAAGACAUACGCUUCGAUAUCCCCAUGCUCGGCCUGUUGAGCUGCGUGCUCGUAGGCGAUACGCACAGGUUGUUGAACGACAGUGACGGUGGCGUCACGACGAAGGGACGGCUAGAGGAACAGGUCACCGCCGCUUACGAGGCAAUGCGCGCCGAGGGUGCCGGCGGUAGUGCUGGUUGGGCUGCAGCGUACCUCCGCGAUCCUGGAGAAGCUGGCAGGACUGCGUUUUCCUGGCUGGACGGGCAGGUUGCGGACUCGCUAAAGCGGGAAGGUGUUGCAAGGGGUAUUGUCGACGUGGCGUUGAGCCGGCAAGGCUGA